AUGGAGACUUUUGAUCUAUUUGGUCAUGUAGAUGAAUCGUUGGAACCUCCUGUGGAAGGUGCUACAGAAGCAGUGAAAAAAGCUUACCGAUUGGCUUCGAAGAAAGCGUGGACACAAAUUUGUUUGGAUGUUGAGCCUGAGAAUCAAUUUCAUGUCAGAGAUACGCAUACCACAAAGGAAGCCUGGGAUGCCUUGAAAAGCCAAUUCGCAUGUGAGUCCAUCUUACAGAAGGUGAGAUUGAGACAUCAAUAUUACUCGUGUCGACUUCAAAGUGGGGGGAAUAUGUUGGAACAUAUUAAUAAUUUGAGAUCGUUACAUGAUCAGUUAAAGGAAAUGGGGGUAAACAUAGAUGAUAAGGAGCUGACAAUGACUGUACUUGCAAGCUUACCCGAAGAGUUUAAACCCCUGAUAACUGCACUAGAUGCUGUCGGUGAAGAUAAUAUCUCAUUCGAGAAGGUAAAGGAAUACACCUAAAUGACAAUUAUCGGUGGAAAGAUGCAAAGAAAUGUGAAGAUGCUUUUUCUAUCCAAUGUGGGAAAGGUAAACAAUCUUGAGGCGGUAGAAACCAAGAAAAGAAAUCAGAGAAAACGUUCUGUGGAACUUGCUAUUUCUGCCAAGAACAAGGACAUUUCGCGAGAGACUGUCCAAAAUGAAAGACACAAGAGAAUAGCAAUCAAGCAAAAGGGAAAGGAAAACAAUCCGUUCAUUGUGCAGAAAAUCAGAAAAGGUGAUGAUGUAGCAAAUCCAGAAGCUUUAAUUGCUUCUGAUGAUGAUAACAAGUCUGGUUGGAUAAUCUAUUCAGGUGCAACACAGCACAUGACAUUCGAGGAGACACCGGUUAACUGAUUUUGUGAUGUUCAAGCGACCAUGCAAAGUAAACCCUGGUGAUAACUGCAGUAUUUUGGCAUAUGGAAAAGGAACAUAUAAUCUAGUUGCAGAUCUCAAUGGUCAUAACCAGAACAUUGUUAUUUGUGAAGUUCUAUUUAUACCUGAUCUGGAGAAGAACUUGUCUGUUAGAGCAAUGGUGAAGUUGGGUGCAUCAGUUGGUUUUAAAGGGGAUUUGUGUAAAGUCAUGAGAAAUUCAAAGUUAUUGGCUAUGGGAGAAAGGUGUGGAAAGCUAUACAUGUUGAACGUCAUACCUGGUAAAGAGUAUAUCAAUGUUGCAAAGGAAGAAACAGAUAUGCAUCUUUGGCAUUGUUGGUUUGGGCAUUUUGGAGUCGAUGACGUUUCACAGUUAGCUAAUAAUAAUGUGGUUGAUGGGAUGAAUGAUGUUGGAGAUAAUGGAGUGAGUCCAUGUGAAUCCUGUAUAAUGGGAAAACAACAUUGA